AUGUCUAUCGACAAGAAAGAACACUCAAAAGACGAAUCAGACGAGUCCAUCGGUUCGAGUCCUGAGAAUGACAUUGGACCAUUGCUUCCGCCGGAAAACCAGCCUGCUAAACGCAAAGGAGGACGAAAACCCAUCUAUGCUACUUCAGAAGAACGGAAGCAGAGAAACCGCCAGGCGCAAGCAGCGUUCAGAGAGCGCCGAACGGAAUAUAUUAAGCAGCUCGAAGAAACGAUCAAAGCCCACGAAUCGAACCUCGCCAGUCUACAGGCUGCUCAUCGUAGCGCUGCAGACGAAUGCCUAAUGCUUAGAUAUAAGAACUCUCUUCUUGAACGAAUUCUCCUUGAAAAAGGUAUUGACGUCCAAGCUGAGCUUCAUGCCAAAACCGGCAGUCCAAAUCUUGGUCCAACUCAUAUGCCCCAGAACAUGGUGCAGCCACCUCCGAUGCCGCGAGCGAUCCUCAACAGGCACCAUCACGCACGCAGAUCCGCUUCCAGCAUCGCCCCCAAGCUCGAGCCUGGUGUCACCUCUUUACCCCAGCCUACGGGUGUACAACAGAAUAUAGCCUCGCCCAAGACGCGGCCGACCCCCCCUUCUCAUGCGGCUUCUCCUACUAAUCCUACACCACCUUUUGGUAACCAAACAACAGCAUCUCCUGCCCCUUCAGAUCAUACGAACAUGCGCACGACGAUCCCCCCACCGAUGAAGCCACAGUUGGCACCGAUGCCAGGAAUGGCAGUCGCAGCGCGACAGCAAAUGAUGCAACAGCAUGCUGCUGCUGGUCCUCGGCCGACGUCAUUUUAUCCGACGCCGUCGUUCCAGAAUCAUUUCCAACAGCUCGGCAAGCUGACCCAACAGGAGUACGACGCGCCGACCGAUAUGAUGGACGAACCCGAACCGGACACUCCCGGUCCUGGCCCCUAUCCUUCGGCUUUCCAAGUUCCCCAGCAGCACGGCAUAUCUGUGCAGCCAACAACGACAGGACCCCCAGGCCAACCAUCGAUGGUAUCUGGGGGGCAGGGCAACCAAGCGCAAAGCCAAGCACAAGGCCAAGGUUAUCCAAGUAUGACUCAAUUACUAGAUCCGGCCUUAGACUGGGACCCGUUUGGUCUCAGCGCAUCAAUGGCCUUUCCGACGCAGUUUUCCUUCGAUACAAGCAAUAUGAGGUAACAAUACGAACCGGAGCAAUAGACUCGAAGUGAUACGAAUGGCGUUGGAGAUUAAAAGGGGCACAGGAGGACGGGAGAAAAAUAUUGGCGGAAGGGAUGCUACGAAUCACGAUGAAGGGGAUGAAGACACAUCCCCAACUCACGAGAUUACGCCUAUGAGCUGUCGGCAUCGAGCCGGGCGGAGUUUUCGUACGAGGUGCCAAUGAUGAUCGAAUUCGACAGAAAGCGAGCGCUAUAUUCUUCCCCGUGAUUUAUCUCGAAACAUUUGGCAGGAAGGCAACCAGCAUUUUAUACCCAUGGCAG